AUGCCCCCCAAAGACAAAUACAGCGACCCCAAACUCCGCGAUGAAAUCAAAAAGGAAGUCCACAACAGCGACAAAGGCGGGAAGCCUGGCCAAUGGUCUGCACGAAAGGCCCAAAUGAUGGCAUCCGAAUACAAAAAGCGCGGCGGCAGAUACAACACCACAAAGGCAGAAGGCCAGACGGAAUCUCAGAAACACCUCGAUGACUGGACAAAAGAGGAAUGGCAGACGAAGGAGGGAUCUGGCACGGCGCGACAGGAUGAUGACUCACGUAAACGGUACCUGCCCAAGAAGGCGUGGGAGGAGUUGAGUGAAAAAGAAAAGGAGGAGACGGACAAGAAGAAGGUUGAGGAGUCACAAGGUGGGAAGCAGUUUGUUGACAACACCUUGGAGGCAAAGGAGGCGAGGCGGAGGGUUAGUUCUGAUGUUGAGAAUGAAGGUCAGAAGGUUGAGGGAGAUUCGGAGAAAAUUCCACGGAAUGGGAAGGCUGGUAAAAAAGGGACGAAGAAGAACGAGGAGGAGAAAACGGACGAGAUGAAGAAAGGCGACAAGAAAGGGGGUGCAGGAACCAAACGCAGCGCAAAACAGGAUGCGACACCAAAAAAGAAACAGAAGGAGAGCACCAGGAUGCAAAGUCUGCGGAAGAGAAAGUAA